ACUAGCGAAUAGAAAAGAUACGAUCGCGUACAUCUCCGGUCUAUCAUGUCAGCGCUGCUGCUUCAACACUCUGCAAUCCUAGGGUUUUCACUGCUUCUGCUAUGUUUAUGGUAUUAUCGCAAUUCCUUACGCCAAUUACCGGAACAUCCAUCUCAGGUACGGGGCUUAAAACUUAUCUCACUUUCUAUUGUGCCAUGAACUUUUGGCAUUGGCAGAAUAAUCUCUACUCCACCAUUGCCAGGGGUCGUAGAGCAUGUCGACUUGAGUAUGAGCAAAAUGCGUCUAUUUUAUGUGGCUUAAACAUUAACUUUGAAGUGUAAAUGGGGACUUGUAAAUUGGGCAUUUUUUAAUGAUUUGGAAGGAGUAUUGUAUAAUAUUAUAGUGUAUUGAAUUUUCAGCAUCUUUUGCUCUGUCAAAGACAAUCAUGUCUAGGAUUAGUGGAUUAUAGUUGCCCUGUUGUGUUCUUAACAAGCCAAAAAUAAUGGUGUGUGUGAUUCAAUUUGGUUUCACUUUGGAGCCGAAUUUGUGUUACUAUGAUCUAGUGCUACAGCUGCUUCAUAUGAACUUUGGAAUCUUCAGAACUCCUGACGUGAAAAUCGACCAAAAGCUCACUUAAAUGAGAACCAUAGAACUAGGAUCCAAUUUACUUUCUUUGGAAUGCUAUCUUUUCCCUAUUAACAAACCUAAAUAAUGGUGGCACCAGUCUACAACAGUAAUAUAGUUGUAAAGCACAGUCCAUUGCUUUUUAGUAAAUACAAGUACAUGAAGAGUUAGUCGAAUGAAAAAAAAUAGUGGACUCUCAUGAUUGCAUUGUUGCAUAAAUUGAUAAAACUACCUCUUGGAAAUAGGAUGAAGGUGGGUUCUGCUUCUUAGGAAACCAGUUGUCUUUCUUGUUAUGGUUAGCAUUUACAUACUACAAUCAGGAUUUUUAAAUAUGCAAGGUUGUUUUUAUCCCAAUUCUGUUCUCAUUUAACUUUUGUAUGGAGGUUUGUUUUCUGCUUUUCUUUUCCCAUUUACAUAUACAAUUUGUCUUUUCCCAUUUACAUAUACAAUUUGUCUCCUAUUUUCAGCUCCAAAAAAAUUAUUCAUGCAAAAAACUAGCAAAUUGAUAAUCCAGUAUUGCUUUCCUCCUGCAGUUAUUGAAUGGAUGAACAGAUUGUCUAAAUCUGCAGCAAGAAAAUGAUAGAGAGCUCAUCUAAUAAAGUAUUUGGGUCAGAUGAUAGUGAAAGAAGUUUUCGAGACUAUGACGGACAUGAAUUCACAGAAGAUGAGCUCUCAAAAAAUAUUGAUUUAUGUCUAGGUGAAGUUGACAAGAUCACAUGGCAAUCUAAUGAACCACCUUCAUCAAGUGAUAUUGUAGAGCCAUGCAUCGGAAUGGAGUUCAACUCAAGAGAUCAUGCUCGAGAAUUUUACAUUGCUUAUGGCAGGCAUACAGGGUUUACUGUGCGCAUCCAUCAUAACCGACGCUCUCGAGUAAAUAAUAUGGUUAUUGGUCAGGAUUUUGUUUGCUCCAAAGAAGGUUUUCGUGAAAAGAAAUACAUAUACAGGAAAGACAGGGUUCUUCCUCCCCCACCUGCAACUCGAGAAGGCUGUCCUGCAAUGUUGAGAUUAACUUUAAGGGAUGGAGUUAAGUGGGUUGUCACCAAAUUCAUUAAAGAGCACAAUCAUACAUUAAUGUCUCCUAGUAGAGUACCCUGGCGAGGAUCUGCAAAAAAUUUUAUCAGUGAGUUUGACUUUCAGCGCUUAAAAAAGACAGCCCCUUCUUUGUCGAUUCUAAGUCAAGAGACAUGGCGUACAUUUUGGUAUAAAGUUGUUCAACUUUCUUAUUUCUGGACUGGUUGGCUUGCUGCUCGGCUAAGAGAUGAGAAGGAUAGGAGAAUACGGGAAUUGACCAUUGAGCUUAACAAUGAGAAACAACGAUGUAAACGUCAGUGUGCUGCUUACCAGGAACAAUUACGCAUGGUGCUGGCAUAUAUUGAGGAACAUACUAAUCACUUAUCAACUAAGGUUCAAGAUAUUGUUAACAAUGUAAAAAAACUAGAAAAUGAGCUACAGGAGGAUUUAGAUUGCAAAUAUGUUUAGAACAGUCUGUAUAUAUAUUUUCCCCUUAUGGGUCGCCCGCGUAGUUUCACUAAUGUUUUUUUCAUCUAUCCCAGUUUUAUAUCACUGUGAAUGUCAUGCUCGUUAGGUUUCUAACAUUUGUCAGAUCCAUGAUUUUUACAGUAAUAACAUAUCUCCUGAAGGUUGAUCGUUCUUUAUC